UCCUCACUCAUCCUCCAGCAGCAUCCAUCUCUCCUGAUGCAAGACGUUCCCAGCCGCCUGAACCCGCCCUCCCAGCUCACAGUCUCGGCAUCAGCUCCAGGAAGUGACGCCGCCAGCGUAUUGAAAGGAAGGAAACAUGAAAUUAAAUAACCUCAAAGUGCGGACAAAGUGGAUCAGAGGUUUAAUGAAGACAUGAGCCGGCACUGAUGGAGUCGUCUCUGAACGCUGUGGAGCUCCGUGAGCUGCGAGGAGGCCGGAAAGGCCCGUCCACUACCGUGACCUCUGCACCCUGGACAGCAGCUGGGCUGGGCUGUGCCGGCAGAGGCUUCGAGAACGCUUCCUACCAGCAGGACGAGGAGCUGGAUCACCCUGAGGAGGAUGAGCUGGGUCCCGCUGCGUCUGAGGUUUAUGAGCCUUCGACGUCAAGAACCAGUAAGCAGCAGCAGGAGGUUUCUCCUCAGUCUUACGAUGAGGAGGAAGGAUGUGCCGGAGGAGGUGGAGGACAGGAGGACGGUGGAGAAUUCACAGCGUUCAGCCCAGCCGACGAUCAUUCUGUGGAUUACGGAUUCAUCCUGGCGCUGGUGUUCCUGGUGAGCGGGAUCGUCCUGGUGGUCAUUGCCUACACCAUCCCCAGAGAGGCCAAAGUGGAUUCAGAUUCUGUGUCAGCACGUCAGAUGGAGAAGCUUGAGAUGUACUACGCCCAGCUGGGCUCCCACCUGGACAAGUGCAUCAUCGCAGGCCUGGGUCUGCUGACUCUGGGGGGAAUGUUCCUGUCUGUCCUGCUCAUGGUUUCCAUCUGCCGGGGGGAGAUGUACCGGCGCAGGGUGGCGUUUGUUCGGCCCAAAAGGACUUAUGGCUCCAUUAACUUGAGGAUGAAGCAGCUGGCGACCGGAGAAGGUGAUGGCAUGGAUGGAGGCGAGGAGUUUCUGGUGGAGCAUGCCGACAUGCGGAAUAAUUUACAGCCAGAGUCUAGCAGGGACUUGAGAUCAGAAGCAGGACCAGGCAGACUGCCUGGUCCUGCUUCUACUUCAGCUGCUGCGUGUGGAGUCUAACUUUGCUCUCCAUCCAGUCUGCAGAUGUGUUACCUUCAACCGAGUGAGCGUUCGGUUGAAACAUGAGGACCCACGGUGAUGCAGGUCCUCUGUUGGUUCCUACAGGAGACGUGUAAGCCCACAGCUUUUGCUCCAGCAGUCCAGCUUUAUCCCAGCAUCCCAGCUGGGAGAAACAUGAACAAGGAUAAAAGGUAUUUAAUGUAACCAAUCACAAGGCAUUUAUGACUUGAAAAGUGAGGACUUGAGCAGGAAAAAGGAUAGAGGUAAGCCAAUGGGAGCAAGGAUAAGAGCACAUUUAAAGAUGGAUGGUUAGAUAUUAAAGAUCAGAAUCUCAAUAAUAUUUCCUGGUAUUUUAAUUAUAUUCAAAUGAUAAAAAGCACAUUAUUUAGAAACUUUGCUGCAGAAAGCAGGAAUGAACUGAGGCUAAAAAGAUGCAUUUAGCUACACUUCAAACCUUAAGAAAACAGACAACCUUAAAUCCCAUUAAACAUUCAACAAAUCUAUAACUAAUAGAUAGAAAUACCUUUUCAUUAUCUGAAUAAUAAAUAUAAUGACAGACUUGUUGCUUGUUCUUACAGAAGUAAACAGAGGCAACAUUUACGCUCACCACCAGCCAUAACAGAAUCUCAACCACAAACCCAACAUGAGCAGAACCUGAAGGAGACUGUUUAAAUGUGCAGCAAUAUGAACCCAGUGAGACCCUGACAGGAUAGUUCAUCCUUCUUCAGCCCAUUGGUUUGGUUUUCAUUCUGUUCUCAGAAGGCAAAGUUGAGCUUCAGACCUGUUGGAGAUGUGAAAUAGGAUAUCAAAGCCAGCCUGAGGCAUAAGCAAACUAGUCCACAGUGGCCAGCAGGGGGCAUCCAAGAGCAGCCGAAGUAAAACAGGUUUCUGUUUAUCGACUCUCCACAUUAUUUACAAACCCUUUUAUCAGCGGUCCAAAAAGAUCAGAUCCGAUCUGGAGUUGUCUCCCUUGUCUCCCGUGUCUCCCAUGACCUCUGCUGACCUCUCUGUGAUCUGAGCCUCCAGUAAAAAAAAUUUCUCUCACUAUGAGAAGCUCCCAUGUGACAUUUUCAGUGUUGCAUCAUCCAAAGUGUUGCCUCCUGUUUGCUGAACAGCAACAUCUCUACCAGCAUCAGGGAGAUCUUCACUCGGACCGAUGCGAAUCACUGCAAUCAAACUGGAAAACUUCAGGUUCAUAAUUAAACCUGUGCAGAUGGAGCUGAUUUUAUAAUUAGGGGUGAACAGUUCCUACUCAGAAAGUGUGUAAAAUAGAUUAAAGCCUUUUCAUUAAUUGUGCUGCAAUAAUGUGUUUAAAAUGUGUUUGUAGUAUUGAUGCUCAAAUUUGACCAUCAUGGCAAAAAAUCUGCACCCAUGUUUUUUUAUGAAGCUUAUCUGGUGAAUUUACAACUUUGACUUUACACUAAAAAGCAGCAAAUGUUCAAGUUUUGGAAGAUUUUGGCUGAAAAAUAACUUUACCUCCUCAUCUUUUUGUACUCUUGAUUCACAGUUUAUGAUAUUUAUAUCGUUGCUGUUUUAUCUACAAAAUAAGCCGCAGUUGUUGCAUGAAUGUUGUGUGUUAAACACUCCAGCAAUGCCCUCUGAACCCAACUGAAAUUAAAAGUAAAAUACCAGAAACAUUAAAAGACCCCUAAAUGAAAUACUUUACAGGUGCAUCAAAACUGCACUUGAGUUCAGUUCAGCAAAUAAAACAGAAUUAAACCACCAGUGAUUAUAAUAAGAAGAUGAAAGCGAUAAAUUCAAGAAGAAACAAAACAUGAGAAAGAAACAAAGUGAGCUCAGUGUCAUCGUUGGGACAAAAAGCUGCUUUUCAGUGGAAUGAACCUUUAAUAAUACCUCUUUGUUGCUGUAUGAUAUAUAAACUGAUGAUAUUAAUGUCAUAUAAGGAUACAGUAUGCCUUAAUGAGUAUACACACUGUAAACUGUGUAUACACUAAUAAUAUUAUGCUAAUGUAAUCCAGUGUGUAUUUUGAACCAGUUAGCCAAGGGUAAUGUAGCCACACACACACACACACACACACACAUAUAUUCAUCCAGUUUUGCAGCUUGGUGCUGACCGGGUCGUUUGUUAUUCCAACCUACAGUGAGAAACUCACAAACCUGAAGCUCUUUGCUGUGAUGUGCACCACACUCACACAGUUUUAACUGGAAAUGCACACAGACAGGAGCUCAUCCAGAGAUCUGGGGUGGGAAGCUCCAACAGAGGCUAAAUAUGCAGCUCCAGAUCAGCUUCACGGACACCAAAACAGCUGAACCAAAAGAAAUCAAGAAGCUGAAUGUACGUCAUAACUGGAUCAAUAAUAUGACAAAUAACCGAAUAGAUGACAGAUUUUAAAGAAUGAAUUGUAGAUUUUAGGCCUGCUUCAUUCAUUUGAUGUUCAGGAUCCAGUUUAAUGUAAGAUCUGAAAACAAGCAAAAGCAGUAAAUAUCAAACUUUCGCAGAGGAAAACAUUUGUUUUGGCAUUUAAAUAAUCAGUUUAGUUUUACAGUAUUUAAAACUAUAAAAGUCACUAGCUUCUGAUAAUUAAAACAUUGUAUAACUUCGUUGUUUACAAAAGCAGAGAUGUUAACUCCGAGCAUCUCUGUUGCUGUAGGUUAAUGUUGAGCUUUUUUAAACAGUCGCUGGGUAAAUUUCCUUCGUCUGCUGAAGUGUCACCGAGCAUUACUGUGUUGUUUCAGGGAAGAGGAGCAAAUGUGGGAAACAUUCAUGAAAACUCAAGCUGGCCGCUGUGAGAUGAACAAUUAAAAACAAUAAAACAAAUCUUGUAAUAUUUGACUGAACGUUCAGACAGAAACUGGGCUGGAGAAACGUUUCUCUGUGAGGAUGAGGCUGCUCAGGUGAAGAAGAGGAGGAUGAGGAUGCAGAGUUUUGCUGGAUGAUGAGAUUCUGGACGAGGUAGAUUCUUAGCUUGUUUAGAAAACAAUGAGAAAUGAUGCUGUCAGAUGAAGUCACACUCGGAUCUCCUGGCUCGCCUCUCGGCAGGGAUGAACUGUCCCAGAUUAGGAUUUUAACAGCAUAAAGCAGCUACAUUUUGGUGAGAUUAAAACUGCAGCUGCCUGCAGGUCCUAAUUAGUGGAGGAAACGCAGAAUGAUGGAGAGAAAUGUUAUUGCUGUUCGCUGCAGGGUGGGCGCACGGAGAGGUAGGAAAUAAUGUUUUAAGUUGCUCGCUGGGUUCGUUGCAGUCCAGUGAGCAGAAAAAUGUGCAAAAACUGCAUUUUCAGCUUUUAACUCCGCUUUUUGUACCGUUUGUAAAAACAUAUUCAAAGAAGACUUUAUUCCAACUGUAUGCUCUGACUUCCCCUGAUAAUGAGUUUAGGAAUGAUCUCCUUUAUGUCUGCAGAGUCAUGUUUUCUCUGUAUUUGAUGUUUUAAAUGGUUGGUUUGUCUUAGUUUGACAGAGGAAAGAAGUGACCUUUCCCUGCUGCACACUCACUUAAACUCUGGAAGUCUUACAACAGCUUUUCUAUAUGCAAAGAAUGAAUAAUGAGCUCAAAAUUAACCAUUAAAUGUCUGUUUUCAUGAAAACUAGAGCAGAGGAGGUCAGAUUGGACUGAAGGAUGUUAGCUGGUUUAAAAACACAAAAUACACGUUUCAGGUUCUCUAGUUUACCUGUCAGAACCAAAGAGAUGCGCCUUGUCCAAAGACACGACAGUAAAUCAAUCUUCAUUCUUUCUGCUGCACAAUGACUGUUACCACAGAGAGAGAGAGACUAUUUAUAACGUGGGUGAAGCAUCUCUCAGAUGUCAUGGAAAGUCCUUGUGAGGACAAAACAGGAGAGACAGACGAUCUCUUAAAGUCUCUCCAAACCCUCCAGAUUAGGAGCCUCAAAGUCAAUCUUUCUGGGAAGGAAUGAAUCCCCAAAGCAAACAUUUACAUCUGGGAAUUAACAUAAAAACAGAGCGGACAAAUAUUCACAUAGUAGUGAAUAAAACGUACAGAAAAUAAUAUGGAGACCUGCUGAUCCAUUAACAUUACCUGGCAAAAGUAUUCAUACCCUUUUAACCUUCUCAUAUUUUAUGUGAUAGAAACUGUAGGUUACUAUGAAGUGGAAGGAAAACGUUUUAAACUUUUUUUUACUAAUCAAACUUUGAAAGCAUUGCAUGUGUUAGUAGUCACCAAAAUCUGGUGGACUUUACCCAUAAUUGGUAUUCCAACAAGUUCUUCCACCUGAGCUGUAGAUCUUUGUGGUUCCUCCAGAGUCACCAUGGGCCUCUUGAAAGUUUUUCUGAUUAAUGUUCUCCUAUCAGUUUAGGUGGACGGCCAUGUGUUUGCAGGUCUGCAGCUGUGCCAUACUUUGUGCUGGUCUACCACAUAAAAUCCCAAUAAAACAUGUUGACAGCUGAGGUUUUUCCAUCACAAGAUGUGUGAAUACUUCUGAAACUCUAUACCUCAGUCACGCAUGAUUGUCAGGAUGCAAUGACCCUGCUGGAACUAGUGCAUUCGCUUUUAAAGUGGGUCAGUUUUAGCAGAUGAAGAACAAUGUAGCAUUAAAACAGUUUGAAACGUUAACAUCCAUCGUCCAAACCCUCUUGUCUGUGUGGGGUUGCUGGGGUCUGGUGCCUACCUCUAACUGUCAUUGGGCUGGGCACAUCCUGGACAGGUCCCAGUCCAUCACAGGGUAACAGUCUCCUACCUAAGGGAUAUUUAGAGACCAGUUAACAGGCAUGUACCCACAGAGAACAUGCAAACACCAUGCAGAAAGAACCUUCAGAUAGCUGGGAUUCAAACCCCUGACCUUCGUGCUGCAAGGCAGUACUGCUGCCAACUGGGCCACCAUGCAGCCUGAGGUGCUGACAAAUAUUUACUGAGGCUAAAACAACUGAUAAAAUUAUGAUUAAUCUGCUGCUACAAAGCACCUCUUUGACAGACUGCAGAUUUUUGAAAACAAACUGUAAAAUAGAAAUCCUGUUGAAGUUCCCAUCUAAUUAAAUUAAAUGUUUAAUUUCAGUAUGAUAGCAUGAAAUGUGGUAUGAAAUUUAUGUUGCGAGUGGAAGAAAAUAGAUGCUGAGGAUUCUGGUGUACCUUUGAUGUGUAACAAAUCAUUACUGACUGUUUUCAUGAGGUCAAUGAAAGAUGAGAAAGGUGAGGCGGUUUAUAAAAUGAAAUGAGUAGACAGAAGAGCAACUUAUCGUACGACUUUGGUGACUUUUUGUUAGAUAAAUGUUUGUUCAGUGCUCAAAAGAGCUGCAGACUAGAUGUUUAUGCAGCUGCAGCUGCGAACCUGCUUGAGAUGCCAGAGGUGAGCCGAAGCACAGCUGCUUAGGAUUCAGAGUUAUACUCAAGGACACUUCAGCAGAGCGCAGGGUUGCGACCACCGGUUCUGUCUUAUAAAUCACGACCUGUCCCGCUGCUUAAGAGAAAUCCUUUUAAGGUCGCCUUGUUGUCAUGGCGAAGAGACAAUGAAGGGUUUACAUUAAACAUCCUCCUGCAGGAUGCUUUCUUUAUGCACAGAAGUGACUCAGAUCAGCAGCAGUUACUCUUUACACAGAGACUCAAUGAAUGUACGACUGGAAGCUGUAAUGCAGAAGGUGGCGCACUGCAGUGUCAUCACACACCAUCACAAUAACAUGUCAUUCUCAUAUUCAAAUGUCACAUAAUUUUAGAGCAGUCGCCAUAGAAACACCGAUGCAUAAAUAUAGAAGUUCUUAUUUUGGUUUGUCUCGAUUGUUCAAACCUAAUAGAUGGUUAUUUAGAGAGGAAAUGUUCUAAUUCACAGAAGAUGGAUGGUUUCUGAUGGGCAUAUAAACAGAAUUAAUGGAGCUGCUAAUUAAAAAAAAUAUAGUAUAAAUACGUUUUUAUUAUUAUGUCCACCUUGAGAUAAAUCAAGUUUUAUUGCCACUCUGCUAUACAGGUGCAUCUAAAAAACUAGAAAAUCAUUGAAAAGUUUAUUUAUUUCUGUAUUUUAUUUCAAACAGUAAAUCUUAUUUAGAUUUAAUAUAAGCAGAGAGAUACAUUUCAAACAUUUAUUGUUGUAAAUUUUUAAGAUUAGGGCUUAGAGCUAAUUAAAACCUAAAUAUAACAGAAAGACCAAUUUCUCAAAACGUUUAGAUACAGAAAUGUGGACCCACUGAGAACCAGGCCCAUGACAUGAAUAUUUCCUCAGUACCGGGCCGGGCCUCAUUUUGCAUGAAUUACUGCAUCAGUGAGGUGUGGCCUGGAGGUGAUUAGCCCGUGGUUCUGCUGAGGUGUUUGGAGAGCCCGCCUUCCUUUAAUAGUGGAUGUCAUUUCGUGGGCUUUGUUGGUUCUGGGGUCUCUCAUCAGUACCACCAUGGUCAUUAAACCAAGAAGUGCUCUGCCUCACAAUCCUCCCAAAGUUGAUGUUCUUGUGAAUCCUUUUCUACCAAACUUUUUCCUUCAGGUAAACUUUCCAGUACUAUCGUGGAUACAGCACUCUGUGAACAAACAUCUUGUUUAGCAAUGACCUGUUGGGGCUUCAGUCACUGCCUGCUGGACAACUCACCUUUUUAAUAUUGUCAUACUCUGAGAAAUUUACAUUUUAAUGAGCUCUAAGCCAUAAUCAUCAUCAAAAUGAACAGAAGUAAACACUGGGUAUUACAUUUAUAUAUUAUUUCUAGUUUUUUGAAUUACUGUAAUAAAAUAAUGUUGCUGUUUGAAUUUAUUUAGAUGCACAUUAAGUUGAGUAAAUGACUAAAGGUUCAAUCCUUUUUUGUCACAUUUCCCCAAAUAAUGCAGCUACAUUUAUAGCCUUGAAAUUAAAUGCAUAAUAAGACAAUUACAGAUGGCCUGACGUAACUUUUGUAGCACCUGAUAAAUCUUAAAUCUAUUUAUUAAAAUAUAAAACAUGUUAGUCAAUUUACACCAUAAAACCUUGUUGAGCUGUAUAAAAAGACCUAAAGAAUAGCAUGUUUUUAAAAAAUAGAUCUUCAACUAUUAAUAUAUUACAAUGAGUAAAACAUUUAGCACAACAUACGACUCAUUUAUAUGAAAUUUAAACAAACUAUUGAUCAGAUUUUAUUUUAGUGAACUGGCUUUAAAUUUCCAACAGAGGGAGAGUUUUACUCAGUAUCAAAAAACUAAAUAUUUUAUACAAUAUAAAUACAUAUUCAGGGUCUAUAGACUGUCUCUGCAGAUAGGUCAAACUUCUGGGUUUUAGUUUAACUUUCAACAAGGAAACAAAAACCUUUUAUUUUCACAGCUACAUUCUUCACAUUUAACCCUAAAACUGUCAGAAGUUUGUUUAAAACCACCUGUUCUCUAAAAACUACCACGUUUCAUAGAGGUGACUUAAAAUACCUCAUAAAUAAUCUCAGUACUAAUCAUACGAAGGAAAUAGUUGGUUUUUAAAUAGCACAUUUGCCUCCAUUUAAAAGCUUGUUUUAUGUGCAUGCAGAUUAUUUGAUUAUAGUCACAUUUUUCUGACGUUGAGGCCAGAUUUUUGAUGUAUAACUAAAAGAACUGGCAGAAACGAGAACAGUCAUCUCAGUCUUGAACUAUUUCAGCUGCACAGAUGUCUGAUUUGUUUGUUGAUGUAUUUGGGGAAAAGCACAGGGUACUUCUCCAUCAUGAUGUUGGAAUUAUGUACAUUAGAUUCAUUUUUUUAAAACAAAUGUUCUUUAACACAUCUGCUGAAAGAUAUUCUCCAACUUUGCGGAUAAAUUAAUGUUGAUUCAUCUCUGCUGUCCUUCAUUUACAAACCAAACUGCUGUGUAGGGUUGAGGAGGCCACUGAAACUGCAUGUUACUGGAGUGAUGCUGUAAACUUCUGACGCCUUGUUCCUGUACAUACUAAUGAGCUUUAUCCUGUGUGUAAUCAUGCUGGUUUUUAAGUCUGAUUUUGUUUAUGUGACCAAUAAAGUUUCUGUUUUGCUGUGGUUUGUAA